CGGCAGCACCCGGAAGGAGCAGCCGGAGCCGCGUAACAGUCGGGGCCGCGGCGGCGGCGGCGGCAGCGGAGGGGGCGCUGGUGACCUCAGACAGCCACAACAAGCAACCUCAAGACCACACUGCAGCUGCUGACAGCUGAGAGCUGCCUUUCCUGUCUGCUCAGCCCUACACCAAGGCUGCAGCCCAGCAUGUGGUACAGCUGCUGCAUCACCAUCGAGGGACUCUUCCUCUCUCACCAUCCUGCUUUGUUGUCACCAGACAGAGACCGAGGUCUGUUAAUCCUGGGUCUCCCCUGGAUGGGCUAAUAGGAAUGAAGCCAUCAGGCAUCAGAGCUGUGGUGCCAGUGGGUGAUGACCGAAGGGAAGCUGUGUUGCAUCUGCAGAUCUCCAUUAUGCAUCGAGGGCACAUCUGAGCAGGGAAAGAAAGCAUCCUGUGCUGUAAGUGAAAGGGGCAGGAGGUGGACACAAGACCAGCGGCUAGCUGGAGGCCUGGAGGCUUCUGGUGAUCUGCAGUGUCUUGGAAAGCAAGGCACGAAAUGAUUACCAGAAAGAAGCAGGGAACUAUUCCUGUGCACAGGGUUUCAUGCAGGAAGGCAUGCAAAAGGGAUGUAAAAUACAAGCAAGAGCUACUGUGGAAACUGAGGAGCUGGAGAGGACAGUGCAGAGGUUCGGAGGCACACCGUGAUGGUGGGAGCCAUUCCACGGCAGCCACGCCGCUUCUGGGGGGUGCCUGGCUGGCAGGUGUCUUCAGCUAGUUGUGCCAACGACCGCCCGCUGCGGGACAGGGACGUCAGUCCGGAGCCAAGAGGGGUUCUGCUGCCAAGGGAUGCCGCACUGCAGCGUGCCCUGUAGCAGAAAGCUCACCUGGACGUCCUGAACGAGGCAGGGGUCCAGCUCCCACCCCCUGUCCUCGCACCCUGACCUGUGGCACUUUACAGUCAUCCUCCUGCUGCUGCUGCAUGGGCUGUGGUGACUCCGGCUCCGCUCGGAGUCCAGGCAAGUGAGGCUCCAUGCGGCACAUCCACGCGGAGACACCGCUGCCGCUGGAGCGCAGCGCGGACGCGGGCCUGUCCCAGCCCAGGGCAGAGGCGCCCGUGGAGCCUUCCGCGCAGCGCUGCGCCCGACGCAGCAUCCUCAUGGGCUACAACGAGACAGACAUCAAGCGCCAGAAGGUUUACCAGGUUUCCAUCUUCUCCCACCUCUCCAGCUCCUCCGAGAGCACGGAGCAGUGGGCAGGCAGCCGGACGGCCUUCAAAAGGGGAUACCCGGAGCAGCGAGCUCCGGAGGGAGGGCGAGAUCCCAAACGAACUCACUGGGGUGGCGGCGGGGUGGACGGCAAGCGCGAGGGGGGCCCUGGGCAGGCUGCCCUGGAUGAUGACGAUACCUUCGAGGACGGCCUCUUGGUGGAGGAGCUGUCGCUGUGCGGCUCUGCCCAGCACUUCUCCCACAGCGGGCUGCGGGUGGUGGAGCACCGGUGUGAGGGCAGCCCUAGCCAUACCCCCAAAGCCAGCAAGCAGGACAAGUUGCAGGAGGUCUCCACCUCCUCCUGGCCCCAGAAUAUCGCUUGCAGUACUUUGCACACGAGAGAUGGUUGCUCUGUCUCGUCGGGGGAUCAGCCCACAGAAUAUGGGGAUAAUGGUGAGCAGGCGAGUGGACACAGCUUGCAUCACUUUGAUUUGCACAAUAUUGCACAAACAGCCCGGUUGGACUCUGUCGAGAAAAGAGAGAAGCCAGGGAGCAGCCCGGCCCACAGCAGCAGGGCCACUGGAGAAGAGGAAUGGCCGGUGGUGGCCAAUGGAUGCAAGGAGCUCCAAGUUACGCAGACAGCACUCAGCCUGGAGCCCAGCAACCUGAGCUCCCUGGAGAAGACACCCUGCAGGAGCAGCCAGCUCAGUGGCAGCAGCUGCCCGGCCAAAAGGAAGCUGUUGCCCACUGGUGAGGUGGUUGCUGACUCCUGCUCUGAGGACGAGAGCCUGUCCCCACCAGCGAGGAAGAAGAGGGUGCUGCCGUGCCACCCAGUGCCCACGGCCUGCCGCAGCACUGAUGCCAAGGGGGCCCCUUUCUGGAACCACCUGCUUCCUGCCACCAAGAGCUCUGCAGAUUGCACUGUGGUCGGGAGGAGGCUGAAGAGCGGUCUGCGCCUCAAAUCGCGACACCUCCGGAGCAGCAUCCGCAGGGGUACCAGGUCCUCUGCAGCACCCUGGGCCACCACCACAGUCAGCCACGCUCUGCUGGGCAACUUUGAGGAGUCCAUCCUGAAAGGACGCUUUGCACCAUCGGGGAGGAUCGAGGGGUUCACGGCAGAGAUCGGCGCCAGCGGCUCCUACUGCCCCCAGCACGCCACCCUGCCCGUCAACGUCACCUACUUCGACAUCUCGGAACACAGCGUGCCCUCACCUUUCCUGGGAGUGAUUGACUUGGAAGCCUUGGGAAAGAAGGGUUACAGUGUCCCCAAAGCUGGAACCAUCCAAGUGACCUUAUUUAACCCCAACAAGACCGUGGUGAAGAUGUUCUUGGUGACAUAUGACUUCCAGGACAUGCCGGCCAACCACAUGACCUUCCUCCGCCAUCGCAUCUUCUUGGUGCCUGUUGGAGAGGAGGAAGGGGCCACCGUGGCCGCCAGUGGCCCACCAGGCACCGAUGCACCCCGCAGAGUCCUCUGCUACCUGAUGCACCUAAGGUUUCAGAGCUCCAAAUCGGGGAAGAUCUACCUUCACGACGACAUCCGGCUGCUUUUCUCCCGCAAGUCGAUUGAGGUUGACUCGGGAAUCCCCUACGAACUGAAGUCCUUCACAGAGAUGCCGAGGAACCCCUGCUACUCGCCCCGGGCCUGACCUUCUCCCUCCCGCAGCGCUACUGGGAAGCCUCCAGCCCAGCACUUUGGGGAGAAUUGAGUAAAGGGCCAGCAAGCAAGCACCACCUUCAAGUGUUGCCCUCCCAGCGCAGCCCUAUCCUCCUGAGCAGCAUGGACACCAUUCCCUGCCGCAGCGUGGGAUCACUAGGCGGGCUUCCCCAGGAGGGCAGGGGCUAAGGAGCCGCCCCAGCCCCCCAGGGACGUGCCUAAGCCUUCUGCCCCACGCUGCUCCCAGCUGGGAGAUGGAGCCGUAGCUCGUGGGGGGUGGGGAGUGAUGACUUAGGCUAGGGGGGUCCAGGUGAGGCUGCCCAUGCUGGCCCUGGGGAUAGAGGCAGAAACUACGGAUGAGUUUGUAUUUAUUAGUAUUUAUUGUUGGUGGGAGUGCAGAGGAGGCUUGUGUGGAGGAUUGGAGAUGUUGUGCUGUUCUUCUGCACCCACUCUGUGCUGGAUGAGGCCCCUGGCAGUGUGGGGCUGCCUGGUUGGGGCAGGG